AUGAUUCGUGCGGUUGCUUGGCUGUUCAUACUCACAUCCCUAUAUAUUCAAGUUCGGGCUGAGCCAAAUUGUGGACAACAUCCGAAUAAAGUGCCUCGAUCGUCUCCAUUCGACUUUGUCGUGAGUUUCCAAAUGAAUUUAAGUGAUUGA